ACGAAAAAAAUGUGUGAAAUAGUUGUCAACGAUUUGUUUGAUGAGAUUAUCAAUGAAAACAAUAGACUUUGCAAUCAAUUGGUGUUUGCAAUGAAAUGUUUGGAUGUUUUGAAAAAAUUUGAAACAUUUGUUAGAAAAGUGAUGACAAUUAAGACAAUUGUUAUCAAAGAAACACAAUUGUCAUCACAAGAAGUACAUCAAUUGACUCAAUUGGACGUUCAGUUACGGGAAGUGAUGACACAACUGAAGCAAAAAUCGGCGCAAAGUAUGGAAUCAAAUGAAAAGGUGGAUCAACUGAUGGUUAAGAAUAUUAUUGAUAAUAACGACAAACAAAGCAAACAAAUAUGGAUUAAAUGUAGUGAUAAAGGAUUCAAAUGUAUUCGCUGUCAACACAUUAACGAUACUAUUCAUGGUUUGAUUAGACAUCUGAAGACUAAUCACUCCAUCACUUAUAUUAAGUGUACAAACAAUGGAUGUAAUGAAAUGUUUCUUUGCGAUCCUAACGUCGAGAAGAAAUAUAUCUGUAAUAAACAUAUGGCGCGAGAGUUCAACAGAUCUGAAGAAGUACAGCAAAACAAAUGUGUCGGUAAAGUAGUUAUUAGACAUAAAGAUAAACCUAUUGAUUGUCAACUGAUUGAAGAAGGGAAGAGAAAAAAAUCAAAGGCUGUCACUGAAGAUGAUGUUCAACAAAACAGAGACAUCGAAGUGUUGUCUAUAAGACAUGUGGAUCAACCUAUUGAUUGUGAACUACAGACUUUGAGAUCACAAUUGACAAAAUCAACGAAAACCUAUAGUAAAUUUGUUAAAUCUAUUGUUGAAUUGCAAGUUAACGAUAACAAUGGAUCAGAUGAUAACAAUGAUUUGUCAGCAGUGGUGACGGCAAAGACUAUCACUGGAGAUGAUGUACAGCAAAACAAUUGUGUUGGCAGAGAGUUAAUUAAACUUACGGAUCAAUCUAUUAAUUGUGAACUACAGAGUCUGACAAAAUCAACAAAAACUUAUAGUAGAGUUGUUGAAUCAUCUGUUAAAUUACAGGUGAUCGACAUUGGAUCAGAUAAUGACAAUGAUUUAUCAGAUAAUUGUCAUAAUCAGAGUCAAGAUCAUAGAAAAACAGUACAACAAAUGACCAGCAAUUUACAUGAAAAGCGAUUUCCAUGUUUUGACAAAAAUUGUGAUUAUAAAAGUUGUGAUAUUUCUGGAUUCAUCGAUCAUCUAAAGACAUGUCAUCCAAUCACUCGCUUGCAAUGCACUCACAAAAGAUGUUAUAAACUGUUUGCUAACGAAAAAAAAUUAAAAAGACAUUUACUGAUGAAACAUAAAACAUAUUUUGAAGAUUUCAAUGAAGAAGACAUUGUUGACAAUCGGCAAGUGUCGGCACCGAAAGACAGUGUUGACAAUCGGCAAGUGUCGGCACCGAAAGACAGUGUUGACAAUCGGCAAGUGUCGGCACCGGUAGUUAACAAUCAGACAGUCAUUGAUUGUAAACAAACAACUGAACGUUUCAAAUGUUAUCACAUAGAUUGUGGCAAACGGUUUAAUUUUAAGCAAGGUUUAGGCCAUCACCUCAUCGAAGGUCACGUGCGAACUGAUGUCAACAAACUUGUCGCCAGAGAUGAUAUAUCAUUGUCGACAAAUGAAUUGUGUCUAACGGAUCAGAUUAUGUCAAAAGACGAAAUAUUGGUUAAUACGGAACUAAGUUUGUCAGUCAUGGAUAAGACGACCAGUAAAUUAAUUUAUAAACCAUACAAAUGUGAUUACAAAGGUUGCGAUUUUAGGGCCGCCUCUAAUGCUAGGGUUGUCGGACAUCAAGCUUAUCAUAAUCAGUUGCUUCCAUACGGCCGCAGCCGACCCUAUCUAUGUCCACAAGAGUCAUGCGACAGACGAUUUGUCAGCCGUGAGUCAAUGGAUCGACACCGGAGUCAGUUUCACAGUACUAACCGGACGUAUCGAUGCGAUUAUAUUGGAUGCCGUUGGUUAGCACCUAAUGAGUUGAUUUUGAAAAAACACAUGCAAUCUCAUAAACAGUUGAGGUGCAGUUGGCCCGGAUGUCAGUAUAAGACAAUAUUUAAGUCUGUAUUGAAAAAACAUGAAGUGGUUCACAGUACCGAACGUAAUUGGUUGUGCUGUUGGCCCGGUUGUGACUAUCGGGCCAAACGUAAAAAAGAGUUGAUAAGUCAUACAGUAAAACAUACCGUUACCGAUAAUAACUUUGUAUGUGAUUGGCCUGAAUGUGGUAAACGAUUUCGGACUGCAUAUACUAUGAAGACUCAUCAGACUAUACAUAAGGGAACAGUACCCGUAAUGUCGUGUGAAUGGGAGGGCUGUCUGUAUAAGAGUAUACGUAAACAAAAUAUGACACAACACAUCAAUAGUGUGCACUUGAAAUUAAAACGAAAAUAG